GCGUUCGCGCCCGGAAGGCAGGCGGGGGAAACCACUUGGCUGAACAGAGGAGGGUGCUCCUCGCCUCCCGCCGCUUCCCGCAAGCGAGGCUGCUGCUGCGGCAGGGACCUCUCCCCCCCUCGGGCUCAGAGGCCGCUCCCGGUCCAGGGUAGCAGGUCGCGGAGUGUCCAGGCGGGAGGGGAGGGGAGGGGAGGGCAGGGCCGAGGAAACACCAGGGCCCCGGACCCCAGACUCAUGGCUCCGGCGGGGCUCUGGGCCGUCUGGCCGCUGCUGCACGUGCUGCUUGGUGCGGCCCGCGCCGCCUACGUCAUCACCGUGGAUGCCUCGCAAAGCCAGCGCGCCUUGACGCCUUUCUGGAAAAGCGCCGGCUUCUGUCCUCCUCUACCGCACAGCAGAGCUGAUAUUUUUGACCUCAGUAAGGACCAAAUCAUUAACCUUGCAUACAUUUCUUCAGUACCACAUGGUGGCAUUGAACAAGUUCGAAUUCACUGGUUACUGGAACUAAUCACAGUCAAGAUGACAAAUGGAAAACUCCACUAUAAUUUCACCAAUCUGGAUAAUUUUAUGGAUCUUCUGUGGACAAACAAACUUGUUCCUGGAUUUGAACUGAUGGGAAGCCCUUCAGGAUACUUCACAGAUUUUGAAGAUAAAAAACAGGUGGUAAGAUGGAAGAAACUAGUUGCACUUUUGGCUAAGAGAUUUAUAGCAAAAUAUGGUCUGGAACAUGUUGCCAAAUGGAAUUUUGAAACUUGGAAUGAGCCAGAUCAUCAUGACUUUGAUAAUGUGUCAAUGACUGUCAAAGGGUUUCUCAAUUAUUAUGAUGCUUCCUCGGAAGGGUUAAGAGAAGCUAGUUCUCUACUGAAAUUUGGAGGGCCAGGAGACUCCUUUCACCCGUUCCCAAAGUCACCCAUGUGCUGGAGUCUUUUAUAUCACUGUUACAAUGGAACCAACUUCUUCACAGGAGAGACUGGUGUGAGGUUGGACUACAUAUCCCUCCACAAGAAGGGAGCUGGGAGUUCGCUUCAGAUCUUGCAAGAAGAAACAGAAGUUCUUGAGCAAAUUCAGCAGAUCUUCCCAAAUUUCACUUCUAUUCCCAUCUACAAUGAUGAAGCAGACCCAAUGGUGGGAUGGUCAGUUCCGCAAACAUGGAGAGCUGAUGUGACCUAUGCUGCCAUGGUGGUGAAGAUAAUCAUCCAACAUCAAAACCUGCUCAUUUCCAAGGCCAACAACACUAUUAACUAUACCUUGCUGAGUAAUGAUAAUGCCUUCAUGAACUACUACCCCCAUUACUUUACCCAGAGGACACUAACUGCACGAUUUCAAAUGAACAACACAAAACCACCACAUGUCCAGAUGGUGAGGAAGCCUGUGUUGACUGCAAUGGGCCUUCUGGCAUUGUUAGGGGAAACACAAAUUUUUGCAGAUGUAUACAACAGCAAAGGCGAAAAUGGUAACAACAACACCGUUGGAGUACUAGCCACUCUACAUACCCCUGCUGAGCUACCAUCUUCAGAUAGCUGGCAAGCUGCCAUACUGAUUUAUGCUAGUGAUGAUAACCGUACAUCAUUGAAUAUCAGUGCUGUAACACUGAACAUGACCCAGUUCCCCAAAUGUGCAGAGCUUGUGUAUGUGACACACUAUCUAGACAACAAUCUUACCAAUCCCUAUUUGGAAUGGAAGAAACUAGGAAGCCCCGACUUUCCUUCUGUAAAGCAGUUCCAACAACUAAGGGAUGCUGAGGACCCAGCAGUGACAGGACCAUUCCCGUUUCCUGAAGAUGGCCACCUGCUCUUGAAAAAGGAACUCCCCAUUCCAUCUGUCUUCUUGAUCCAUGUUUGUGCAAGACCUCGCUCUGUUCCCAACCAAGUAACAGGUGUUCACCUUAUACCACUCACAAAGGAGCAAGUUGCUGUAUUGUGGGAUGACGACCAUGUGGAUUCAAAGUGCAUAAAAACAUUUGAAGUAGAGUUUUCACCAAAUGGAAAAACAUACCAAAGGAUUAAUACCAAAGACACUAUAUUCACUCUCUGGGUCUACAGUCCAGGAAGCAUAGUUUCAGGCUUUUACCGAGUGCGUGCUGUUGACUACUGGGGCAAGCCAGGCCUUUUCUCCAUUCCUGUGAAGUACACUGAAGCUCCUGAAUGAAAAAGAAGAGAAAGCUAUGAGUCUGUCUGCAGCAUGUGGUAGAGCAGCAUAGGUUGCUGCCAACUACAACCUCCCCAAAACAAAACUUCACCUUAAUUUAUGUGGGAAGACAGCAGUGACAUGAUGAAGCAUGUUGGAAGGCAGUAUUGUCAGCUACUGUCGCUGAUGCAGCUUGAAGACAACAUUAUCCCACACAGCAAGAACACCAACAAUUUGACUCCUGCUGUUUUUGUAAAAGACAAGCACCGGACCAGGAUUUGCUUUGUUAAUUGGUGGGCAGGAAGAAAUAAUUGACCUUGCCUCUUGCUGUAUUCCAAUAGUGGAACUCACCUGACAGCAGCAGAUUUGGGGUUAUAAAACCAGAGCAGCACAGUGAGAAUAGGGCCAUGGUUCCAAUGUACAGACUGACUGAAUAGGCAGAGGCCAACAGCAAAGUCACAAACUGGGCCUAUCGGAACAUUCUCAGGCAGACCCCAAUGGGGAGUUCAGGGGGUGACUGAAUUUCCUCCCCUGCUAGCUAGGAAUAUGAGUAAAGGCAAAGCUCUGUCAGAGCUCUGUCUUCCAACACAAGAACAAAGCAACCUUUUCUGUCCUCCUUGGGCUGCUGUCCCAAACCCUGUAAGCUGUGGGUGUUACUUGGCAGUGCCCUUUCCUAAAGGAUUCUAGGAAUUCAAUGCAAUUUGUUGGCUCAUUUUCUCAGAAAGUGCAGAGUCCUUCAGCCCUGUGUGUAAGAGCUUCUUGUCAGUCAUUUGCCCAUUGCUGGGCCUUACCUACAUGCACAGAGCCCUGCCUCCAACAAGAUUGAGAGAGGAAAGCAUCCCCUUUUCUAGCAUGCAUGGGUUUGUGCCUGUAUGCUUUUUUGCUCUCUCUUUUCCUUCAGAGGUUUUAAAUCACCAUCCCUUCACCUCUCCCAACCAGGACUUCCCAAACUUUAGGCUUUCUUAGUCACAGCAAUGAGGGCAGACAAAGACAACCUGCUUCCCUGUUCCCUGCAGCCUUGCGUACUCCUAAAUCACAUGCCCAAGCUGCAGACUACAAUUCCCAGUGUGCAGAGCCUUAAAUGAGCCAAAGCCUGUGACAGAUAGAGUUGGUUAUGUAUUUCUUCCAUAAUCAGCUAAGUGCUAAAAGGCCCAGAUAAAGUAGGCCCUAGAAUUGUACAUGGGAGAGGGCCAGCCUUGGGCACACUUUUUAGGGAACUUAGCUAAGAAUGCUUCAGUAGCUUAUCUUUUACAAAACUUUUUAAAAAGAGGGUUAUAAUGUUACACAAAAAGAUAAAGCCAGUAUUGUGUCUAGAUUGCCUUCACAUGUUUAUGAUUGUUUUGUAAGUCAAAAUGCCUUAAAGUUACAUCGGUGUAGGUUGUAGCUGUGCUGGUCUAAGGACAUACACAGACAAGGUUCUUUGGGUUAAUCUGAUAUCUUUUAUUAAGUUGGCCUAAUAAAAGAUACCAGAUUCACCCAAAGAACCUUGUCUGCUUAAAGUUACAUAUGUGUUUGAGGCAACUGGAUUACUGUUUUGUCUCUUUAAAGUGCUCCCAGGAGGAAGUAGACACUACAGGAAAACACUGCAGUAAAAUAUUAGGGUAUUCUGUAAUAGGGAAAUAACUGUCACAAACAUGUCUCAUAACAUUCCCGCCACUGAUAUAAAGUACAUCAUCAGCUUAACACAAAGCAUGCUUAGUUGUGUGUAUGGGUGGAUCCAGGAUUUCGGAAAGUUGUCAGAAAGGGGAUAUAGGAGCAGUGACGUGCACUACAGGGUUAGUUUCACCCCAGCUCCCAGCAUCCAGCCUUGUUGCAGACAGGCUGAGCUGCAGAAGCAGCAGGGACUUUUCUAAAGUCCUUCAAGCAGGUAAGAAGGCUCCCCUUCCUUCCCUUCCAUGAUUAGCUGCAUGUUCUCUUGCCUUCCCUUGCAUUCCCUCCUUCCCCUACCCACUGAUGCCACUGGUGCUGUCUCCAGCUGAGCCAGGGACAAGGGGCUUCAGUCGCUUCUGCCCCACUGGAACCAGGCUAUACAUGAAACCAAUGUUGGUUGGAGACAGUAGCAGUAGUGGGCAAGUUCCUUUCCCCCACACUUGCUCCUGGGCUGGCAAGGAGCAACCAGGAGGACUGGGCAGCAAGGAGAAAGUCCAGCUGCUGCUCCCUCUGUCCCUGAGUGAGCCUGGCUCCUCCCAGAACCGAGUUGGAUUGUCCAGAGCGGCUUUGAAGCUGCCUUCUGCCCCUCCCUCACCUUUGCCCCUGGGGCAGCUGGAGACAACAGCAGCAGUGGGCAGGGAAGGAAAGGGGCAGGUGUCAUUCUUAAUUUCUUCUGGGACUUAAAAAAAAAUUCCCCGACUGCUUCUCCUGUGAUGUGGUCAACUGAAAGUUGGGUGUAUCUGUGCUAGUUGUUCCCUGCCUCCCACCCUGGUUGCGUGGCAACAUAAAGUCAGCUGUAAAACAAGAUUUAGCCUUGUGGAUUCAGAUGUGAUUUUCCUGCACCCCAUCUAUAUAUAAGUAGCCUGAGUAGAUGAUUGAGAUGAUAUAGGCUAAAUUUUGAAUACUUCAGUAGUGCAUUUAUUCCCUUUUACAGUCCUGAAGAACCUACUCCUGACUUUUUCUUUAAAAAAAAAUUUCAGAAGACCAGGCAAACCAGACUUAUUUAAUUUGUUGAUUUUAACAGUUAAGAACAUAAUCAAAUAGCAGCAGUAUAGGUAUACUACAUUAUCCAUUGUCUGGUCUGAUUUUGGUGCUGAUAUUUCACAGAAUGAGCUCAGUAUGCCUGCCUAAUAUUCCAAUGUUUAUAGGCCACUUGUGUACCAGAAAUUGACUAAUACAGUAUUUCAUACAUCAUAAUUUUCCAUACAUUAUCAAUAGCACAUAAAUUAGUUCCUGCCAGUUCCUGAUCCAGUUUUGAACAAAACACUCCAGAAACUCAGAGGACUUAAAGGUGUUGUGUCCCAAAACAGUUCCUAGUAAGGAAGAGAUGUUUAUUGGACACUAAUAGAAUUAUCCAAGGAGUUUAGUAUUUUGGUGCCAACUUAGCAUAAUAAAAGUAUAACGGGACUUUGGUUUACAGCUUUGGUAAGGAUACUGCAAUAUAUCAGAUUGCAAGUUGGCUUGAAGCCCCUAUUAUACAUUGAAGACGAUGCCAUUUAGCCAAUUAUAUACUUCUAGUAAGACUAGGCAGUUAAUAUAAUUUAAUCAAGUGGGUGUUUUAGUUAACUCAGUUUAUUUGUGCCACUCAUUUUAAUUGUUAGGAGUGCUGGGCAUCAGCAGACCUACACAGGCCUGCUGAUGUUUAGUACCUGCAAAAGAUCAAACACCAAGCAUUGUAGUCCAAUGGGCACCAACCUUUUUGACAAGCAUGCCAGAAUUUAAGCCUUACACCCUUCCAGAGUGCCACUCCAAUCCCCUUCUCCUGCCUGAUCUGCUACUCUGUUUUCUGCCCCUUCCCUGUGCUCCCUGUCAGAGCUGCUGCUCUGUUUUCUGCUCCCUCCCCAAUCUGCUGUGUGCCACACAAAAAGACUGCCUGUGCUACUUGUGGCACCCAUGUUCUAGUAUAUCUACUGAUGGAGAGAGAUAUAGAUGAAAGUAGGAGUUGGAGUAUGGUGCAGAUAUGCAGCAUGUUUACCUUGGGAGAACUUGUCUUGGAUAUUACUCCUGAAUAAAAUUACAUUGGUGUCUGCAACAGACACAUGACCGAGUCUCUGGAGGUACGUACCUGCAGUAGCUGCUACUACAGUACCUUGACACUGGAUGAGAGGCAGCCUACAAUAGCCUGUUUGCACAAAGCAAAAGGAUACCCCUGGACAAAAUUGACUAGAAUGAUGGACCCAUAAUCUGUACACAGGUGUAUGGAUACUUGUUUUCUGAAGGAUAAUUUUACCCCAGAGUUGAGCAAUCAAUGUAAAGCUGCACAUGGACACAUUGUGUAUCUGCUCUACUUUUGUCCUAGAGAUAAAGUCAAAAUAACUCUCGAGUAAGUAAGUGUGUUAUUAUCUACAUCCAAAGUUUAACUUGUUACACAGACAUUAUUUUGCUGCACUUUUACUUUUUCUAAUGCCAUAUACCAUACCAGUUCUGUAUCUGAUUGUAUGUGUGUUAUAACUAAUGCAAAAAAGUCUCAUGGAGGAUAAUUUUUAUAUUGUAUAAACCUGCAAAAUACAUUGCACCUAUCACUAUAGCUUAUAAAAUACCUUGAAUUUACAAUAAAACUGGUUCUCAGCCUUU